AAUUACAAAUCAACAAUGGCGGAUGGUGAACGAGAUCAGAUGUUGGUGGAUUUUCAGUCAUGUACACAAAUCGAUGACCUGGAAACAUGCAUCGCUAUUUUGGAGCAGAAUAACUGGGAAUUGGUGAAGUCCAUACAAAGCGUUAUGCCACAAACAGACUGUGAGAUGUCGUCUGCUGGAGGUGAACCUCCGCCCUACACCUUUUCCAACCACAUAGACCAAACAGCCGUGUCCCAAGAUUUCCCUUCGGAGUUUCUCCCCAGUCAUAACUCAUACUCCCCACUCAUGGAUCCUGGAUCUGCCUCUGGUCCUUUCCCUGGGCCAAGCUCCAGUUACAGUUCUGGACGACUAAUCAACUUUACUGUAGAGUACCGCGGACGUAACAUCACUGUCAACGUGUUUGAUACAGAGACUGUUGGUAAGAUCAAAGAGGUGUUGUUCUCGGAGCUAGGGAUCCCGGUACAGAAACAGGACCUGAGGGGCUGGUCCACUAAGAAGGUUGAUGACAAGAAAGUAUUACGUGACCUUCAACUGCCACGGGAGAAUACAUUAUACCUGUUGACCCCCGACCUUAACAGACCGUUAGUGACAUCCAGGGUCACACCAGAAACUGACAGUUCAAAAGAAUUUGAAAACUUUAUGCGAGAUUACGUACUACACAUAACUUUUCGGGAAAAUGGUAGAGCAAAGGAAUACCACCUAAAUGUUCAGGGCAGUAAGACAGUGGGCGAGGUGAAGGGAGAUAUCUACCAUCUGACAAAUGUGCCCGCUCGGCACCAGGUGUGGAUUGGCUGGCCAGAUGCGGCUAACAAGGACGACGCUAUCACAUUAGCAGCCUGUGGACUAAAGUCACCUGUACAUGACCUGGAACUCACCAAAGCAAACAUAAUUGGAAAACCCCAGUAUUCAGUACAGGAUACAUCGGAAAUAGAUAUAAGUGAUGAUGACGAUGAAAAUAACGACUCGUAUGCAGUAGAGGAAGACAUCUUUGAACACGAAGAAUCAAAGAACAGUCGGAAACAGACACCACUAAUGCCGGACACUGUGGGUGAUCAAACCGAGGCCUUAGAACACUUCACACGCGAGUUCAGGGAGAGAUAUGGAGAGACACACCCAGUGUUUUUCGUCGGGUCACUAGAAGGCGCAAUAAAGGAAUCUUUACUAUGUAGAGCUAAAGAUAGAAAACUACUAGCUGUAUAUCUUCAUCACGACAACAGUAUAUUAUCAAAUGUAUUCUGUUCCCAAAUAUUGUGUAUGGAGACGAUAGUGAACUAUCUGUGUGGUAACUUUAUCACAUGGGCGUGGGACGUCACACAGGAAACAAAUAAUGCUAGGUUUAUAUCAAUUGCCAAAAAAGAAUUUGGGAGUAUAGUAGCCGCUCAAAUACGAGGCCAAAAGCCUGAUCAGCUGCCAUUGUUGAUGAUAGUGUCCCGGUCAAGAGCUAGCAACGAAGUCCUAGACAUGAUCCCAGGUACAGUCACUCUGGACGAACUCAUGAUGAGGCUGAUGCAGAAUGCAGAAAACUUCCACCUCCAGCAACAGGCAGAUAUCAAAGAAGAGGACGAAAGAGAAGCACGAGACAGCAUCAGACAAGAGCAGGAACUAGCUUUUCAGGAAUCGCUGGCCACAGAUAGAGCCAAGGCUGAAGCGAAAAGACAGGGGGAGGAGAUGGAACAGAUAAGACAGAUGGAGGAGGAACGAGUGAAGAAGGAAGAGGAGGACAGAAAACAGGCAAUACAGGAGUCAGCACUUAUGCACAUCCGUGAUGAGCCUCCAGAAUCAUGUGAGGAGGCUGUGAGUCGAAUACGAAUCAGGACGCCCAACGGGGAUAACUUACAACGGAGAUUCUACGCCUCAGAUAAACUCAAGUACCUUAUCUACUUCAUCACGUCACAGGGCUUUCACACUGAAGAGUUCAAAAUCCUUACCACCUUUCCACGCAGAGAUGUAUCACAACUAGACGAAGAAAAAACGUUAGAAGAAUUGAAAAUGUUUCCUCAAGAAACGCUGAUAUUAGAAGAAAGACACUGAAGUUAGUCUAGAUUUAAGUUUUAAAUGUGGAAUCAAACUUACAACAUUAAUAUAUUAUGUGAUAUAAGUACAAUUAUACGAACGGUUCCUUGUUCCUCGUAUCGUGAUGGUUAACCUGGUGGUCUUCUUAGGGGCCGUCUCGCAAGUUGUGUUGUUACACAGAUUAAAACCCAAUCAUAGGUCGGUAGACGAUAUGUGGAUUUCCUGAUGUGUCGGCCCUGAACCUGUGUGUAUCAAACCUGAUAAAGAAAGUCUGAUUCGCUUACCCAGUGGAUUCCGAAAGUAACUGGAGAAAUCCCAACUGCAAUUUUACUGGACAAAUUGAUUAAAAAAAGAGGUCAUCUUAUCAUUUCAGAACAUGAAGGAGUAACCUGAAUCACAAACCCAGUGGAUCAUAAAAAUGGUCAUCUAAAAUCUAUGUGUUAUUAGAGAAAUCCAAACUGCUUUGAUAUAAAUGUCAGAGAUAAUGAAGUCCUGUGGAUUUCUCUGUUAUAUAAAACAUAUGAUUUCUCGGUUAUAUAAAACAUACGAUUUCUCGGUUAUAUAAAACAUACGAGCAGAAGGGUAAUAUUACUUUGAUGUUAACAACAGUCACAUAUUUGGUGUCAGAUGAAAAUCAAUAAAUUAUAAUGAAACCAUGUCAUUGAACUUUACAGAGAGGUGAUCUUCAUCAAACUGAAAUACUUGUUAUUUACCAUCAGUGGUUUAGGUCAUUAAUUAUUUUAUUUGCCCUUGUGGAAAUUGUUAAGAUUAUUAUUUUAUUUAAAAAUGGUGCCAUUGAAUAAGAUCCCAAGAAAAAAAUGUCUCAAUGAAUUUUAAUUAAAAGUGUAUGAUAUUACAACGGAGAAACUUGAUGAGUUACUGAUUAGUCAGUACUUGGCAACAUUUAAAAAUCAACCUAAGAUGUGGUAUUACAUGAGUAAAGUAUGAUCACUCUAUUGA